AUGGAAGAGAAGGAGUCUCGGGGUCCAGCUGGGAAGGGCAACCGCAGACUGAGGUGCAAUUGCAACAGCAGCUGCAGGCGCGGCCGUGGGCAGCUGCAACAAUCCACUUUUGCAUCCUGCUCUGCUCCUGCCUCCUUCUCGUGCCUGCGUCCCUGCCUCCUGCCUUCCGUCGAAGCUCUACCUUACACAGUACGUACCCAGGUCCUGCUGCGCUGCGCUGAGGCAUCCGCAAUCCUCGUCCUCGUCCUCGUCCUCAUCUCAGGUUCACCCGCAACCUCGACCGCGACAUCAACCGAGACUUUGCCUGUUCACCUUUCCUCCGUCUGCUCUUCUUCUCCUUACCUACUAGCAAUACGCAAUACGCUUACGGAUACCCGCCUUGAUUACCUUACUCAGGCAAACCAAGAGACAAUCGACAGCGGUGAUCCGAUCCAGCAACGCUGCUGCCUCUCGUCCAUCCGCCUCCGCCUCCGCCUCCCUCCUGCAUCGCUACCAAGACCAAGCACGCAUACGGAUACAGAGCACUUCGAGGGCAAGGCACCGACCUGCUGCUCCGUGCCUCCCAGCCUCACAAAGCUUACACCCUUCCCGGAUCCAUCAAACCCACUCACCCACCCGAAAGGACCCUUCAUCGUUCACCACCAAGUCCCACUGCGCUGCACAGCACUGCGCACAGAGACGAGGCACAAGUUUACACCCAGUCUACGGGCACGGAUACGUACCUCGCCGCCUGCUUCUGGAACCCCGGACCUUUCGAGGUUGACCCUGUGCUACUACCACCACGGCGCCGCUGCCACCUACCAAGUACCAACCUGCACCUUGCCUGGACCUGGUCCCGUCAGUCUUCUCGCCUCACCUCACCUCAUCUCACCUCCAACCGCCAAAUCAACCGACUGUUGCUUGCCUCCUUCUUUCUCUCCCACAUCACCUCUCGACUGCUCCCACGUCCACAACACUUCGACCAUCACCUGUAUCGCCAUCCUCUCGUCUCCAAUCUAA